AUGCAGCGCGAUCACCCACCUCAGGGAUUUGGCACGCGGUCAUCCCGGCGAAACCGCAGUUCCAGCUUGUCCACAGACUAUAAGAAGAUCCCAAAGACGAGCUGCCUACUUUCACCGCCCCUCGUCAACCCGCAACCGCAGUAUGUAGUGUCCUCAGCCGUCCGACAGGUGAUCACCGCGGAUCACAACGCCGCCACAACGGAUAGAUUCCACAACGAGCGUAUCGAGAUCACGGAUGCGGCGUUGAUGCUGCUGAAUGGCUUCCUGGACAACCUGCUGUUCAGCAUCCUGUUAACCGCCAAAUCCACUAAGAUCAUCGCCAUUCGACCGGCGGUGUCCGAGGUGCUGAAGCCCAGAUUGGCGAGGGAGGUGGUUUCUGCCGCGGACGAUGAGCUGGGUGAAUAUAUCGGAGGAAGCGAUGACGAGGAUUUCCCAGAGUUCUGCGGUGGCCAGGAACCGUCCGGACAUUUCGAGCUGGAAAGGUCGUGGAAGCUGACUCGCCUGAGAUGCAUGGUGUACUCGAGGUUGGGCGACAUGGAGGAGGAAGAUGAGGAAGAUCACCUCCGCCGAGAAGGCCUGGACGAGAACGGAUCCCGUCCCGGUCGGUUUUCCAAUCACAUUGGACACAUCACACCUGCAGCCGCUAUUUUUCUUACGUCCAUAUUAGAAUACAUUGGCGAGAACGCUCUCCUUAUUGUCGCUGAGAAUGCACGUAACAGGUCAAGUUACGGGACCCCGAAAUCCAACGAAGACCAGUCGGUGGAGGCCCAGAUACCCAGGCCUUUAAUAUUAGACGACGUUGACGUGGAGAAAAUAGCUUUGAAUCCAACGCUGGGCCGGCUGUGGCGGACUUGGAGGAAGCAUUCCAGGCUACCUGGGCUUUCAAGGACCCUCUCGCGGGAAUCCCUGUUACGUUCACCACGAAAGACGAGCAGCAGACAGAGCAGCGUUGGCACGCUAGAGACCGUUGACGAACCGCAGCUUCGUCCAAUUACCUCCCAUCCACCCGUUUCGGAAAACGCCGAGCCAAUAGACCCUACCGCCAUACCUCUCCCACUAUCAGAUAACGACGUCGACGAAAUUGAGAUUCCGGGUUUUACUGCCCAACUUGCUGUAGCGAUUCCUGCACGCGCCUUUCGACCACGAAGUCUUUUCAUAACGCAUAAUGAUAUUAAUCCUCGCGCAACCCCAGAGCCGGCCUUGCCCAAAUCGGCUUCUGUUCUCGAAUACCGCACACAUUCGCGAUCUCACUCUCUCCCCACCACGCCGCUGAAGGGUAGAGCGGCUCCUCCCAAGAAAGCUCCAGACCUGGUUGUCAUUCCGCCGAAGAACGAGGAGAAGGAGGAGGAGGAGGAGGAGGAGGAAGAGGAUAAUGAUUCGGAAACAAUGGAUGAAAAUGCAGAGCAUGUUAAUAUAACUCGAACACGAGGAUCCAGUACCCUUGAUUGCGAGUCGCGUCCUCAGCGACGUGAGUCCGUGACACUUAAUUCUUGUCUUAACGCCGACGAUGACAUUGGAAGCCCCGUUUCUUCACUGCAUUCUGAUGCUAUUGGAGUGGCGAUCGGUCAUUCCCAAAUAUCCGAAGCUCCUUCGCCAGUUUCUCAAAUGGACAGUUGGAUAUCAAAGGGAAGUUCAGAGUAUGAAGACUACGAACAACAGCCACAACAACAGCAGCCAGCGUUCACAAUUCCAUCGGCCAAUCAGCCAGCAGCGCUUCACGGACAGCAAUCCGGCAGAGAAAAGGAGACACCGAUGACCCUUCACCCGACACAACAGCUCCCCGUAGAUCUUUAUUCGACCGCUCCAUCUCCUAUCCCGCAAAAAUCUCCUUUACGACGUUAUGCACAUGAGCAUCCCACCCCUCCCGCUGAAGGAGAUGACACGAUAGUCGAGACUGCGUUCGUUUCGCAGCCUAGCAGUUCCGUCUCUCCGCCCCCGAGACUCACCCCUCUCCGGGAACUAGUUGCAACAGCGACCAGUACUCCAGACGAACACUCGCCCAGCCUGCCUGCAGUUUCUCAAUCUGCAGCGUCAUCCGAGCCGAUGUCUGCGUCGAGCAAAAGCGAUAGAUCUACAAGCUCUCAAGCUAAGCGCAUUAAUAUUAAAAUCCCCGUGACUGGCAACACGGUCCACGCGAUGACCAACUCUCCUCGAAGUGUCUCUUCCGCGAGGGAGCGCGCUGGAGUGCAGCGUGUUUCCCCUCCUCCGUCUAAAUCGCCCAGUGAGCCGGGAGGGAUGAGGCCUCGUCGUUCAGAAAGCAAUAGUAGUUUUCCCGAACGGAGGCCUAUUACGUCCGGCUCCGGUACUUCUCAGGUAUCAAGCAAGCUCAAGGGGCUGGUGAGCAGACAGAUGACUAGCACAUCAUUGCGUUCAUCUGGGGAUGCAAACGGCGACGGAACUUCCGACCUGGACCAGCUUAUUGAGAGCGACGAGACUCUUCACUACACGCUGACGCCCAAGACUAUGAGGGAAAUAGAGGAUCCUGGUUCCCCCCGGUGGGCAUCCGUGCGGACAGGGAGCGUGGAUUUGAGAGAUUCCGGCAGUGCAAAGGGCUCGCCUACAAUUGGUGGCGGCUCAAACGGGCUGCGUAUCACCGCGUCUGCACAAAGCCCUCCCAGAGGGCCUGCGCCACAGCCGAGAGACGCUCGUGCAGAGGUGAAAUCCGUCCGAGAAUUCGCCAACUUUAUCAAACACACCGGCCCCGGGCCCAACUCGAUGAAGCACACUCCCAUCGUCAUUCCUAGCUCGACACGGCAAAGCAACAUGUCGCACGACUUCACCUCUAUGGCCUCACCAUCACCCGUAUCGUCCCGUGCACAGAGUUCUAUGUCGGGAUACCUCUCAAGACCCAACCGGCCUCGCCUGGAGGCCCGCCCGGCUGUGGCGCCUAAGGAUAACCAGACUUCGGAACUGAUCGAUUUUAUCCGGGAAGGACCUCCACGGGAUGGAUCGCACCGAAUUCCUCGGACUGUCGCACCGUUCCGGACGACGAUGGAUUCAGAUGACUUCCACUCUCUAAGUCCAACACGCCUGGAUAGAGACACGUUCACCCAUAGCUCCAUAGCAAGCACCCAGGAUGAUUCUGUGGCCGCACGAUCUUUCAAUUCAUCUUUUAAUUCGCGUACGGGGCUGCUCGAGGCGGUGAGCCAGGGGAAUAAUCGGCCGGUUAGACCUCAGGCUCAAUUGCACUCUGUACUGGAUUCGCCAGUGGAUGAAGUUCGGGAACCUGUUCGGACUCGCCGGCGAGUGAGAGAUCCAUACGCCAUCGACACAGAUAGCGAAGACGAGUUCGAUGAGCAGCCGCGGAGACCUCAGAAAAGGGAAGAAAGCCUGAUGGAUUUCCUCCGCAAUGUUCCCCCGCCUCCGACCAACGACGAACCUCCUCAGCUCCUAUCCGUCAACAUGCGCGCUGCAAACGCGAUGCAGCCCGUCAAACCUAGGUCCAAAAGCACAGCAUCCACGAUGAAGUCUCGUCUCAUGCGAACCACCUCAACAGACAAAGCACCCAAAUCUAAACUAUCACGAUCCUCUUUACGAUCCCAGAAGUCCUUCGCGACAAACCCUGUCACAACGACCCCAGCGGAUGCGCCCGCCCUCCCCUCACUACACACAACCACGUCAUCCGUAUCAUCCCAGUAUUCCUUCCGACAGGAACCGUACGCCCCUAAUGUGACGACAUACCCUGCACACGUCGAUCGCCUUCGAAACGGGUACAACAUGGGUCCGCAUCCCGCCGACGACAUGCGAACACCACCACAUUAUCGCACUGGUAAUUCCGGAACCGCGGCGUUGGCGGAUUUUCUUAGAAACACGGCUCCUCCGGAGUCUCCUCAGACGUCUCGCCCGCCUACUUCUUCCGCAAAGGAAAGUGGUGGAGGCCUUGGUUCGUUCUCCAGGGUGUUUUCGCGGAAGAAAAAGCAGGCUAUUUAA